AUGGAAAUUCUAUCACUUGAACUUACUAAAACAUUACAAGACAAAGACUUACCUGACAAAGGUAGUUAUGAUGAUUAUAGUAUUGCUAGUUUGUUUGUUAAUGAUGAUGAUGAUGAUGAUGAUGAUGAUGUAGCAGUAGAGAGAUUUGAUGUUGUAGCUGAGAUCCAUGCAGAUGCAUGUGACUCUGAUGAUGAUGAUGAUGAUGAUGAUGACAAUGUUAAUGAUAUUUUGUUUCAAGAGGAGCUUGAUGGGAUGAUUUUUGUAGAAGUAUUGGGACAUGAAGUUAAUAAUAUUGAUGUCAGGGAGAUUUUGGCUAAUAGUAAUGAUAAGAAUGAACAAACUGAGCAGAUAGGUUACAAUGUUUUAGAGGUUUUAAAUAAGCAAGAAAUCCGUGAAGUGAAAUGUAUGAAGUGA